AUGAACAGUCAUUAUACAGAUAUUUGGUCGUCAACAAAAACUUUUAAUUGGACUGAACGAAUAGAAACAAUUGUUCGAAAUUCAUAUGGUGAAACAAUUACAUUUGAUAAACUUAAAAAAGAAAUUAUUAAGCAAUAUCGUGAAGUAAAACCUAAUUCAGAUAAAUCAACAAACGAAUUAAUAAAUCAAUUGGAAAAAAAUUUAACUAAAGCUCCAUUUAUCGGACGACUUGGUAAUGAUAUUUAUUAUCUUUAUUAUUUUAAAGCUGAAAAGAAUGAUUUAUAUUUAUGA